AAUAUUCAGACACUGAUGUCCUCUUAUACAAUGUUCUAGCAGUGAGAUUGUUUUCCAUAUUUUAUGUAUUUUGAUGACGAAAUUGUUUUAUUUUCUUUCUGUACGCAUUAUAAAGUGUCAAAUACUUCAGAAACUCAGGGGUUGAAUAUUGGGCUAGGGAUAUGCAGUCACCCUUCCCCUGACCAGGUACUUACCUAUGACUAAGUUUAAUGACCAUAUAGUUUAACCACUUUGAACAAAAUCAAUUUGUCUAAUUCUCUACUAAUCAAUUGGUCAAUUAAGAUUCAUAGCAAUGGACCAAGCGACAAUACGAAUGAGCCACAUAAUGUGAGGGCCCUCUCUUCGCCCCCUAGCUGGCUGGCUUGUGCAUGAUUCGUCAUACCAUGACCGAAAGCGAGGAUAUUAUAGCCACAUAACUAGUGCACUCCCUCAUACUCUCCUAGCUUCCUAUUCGUAUUUGGGUUGCCCCCAUCAGUCGGCUUGUGUGAGUAACUAUCCUAUUGCCCUCAAUAUCAUUUGCAGUUUAAUCAAAAGAGACUGGUUGUAAGCUGGAUUAUUUUGGAUGCAGAUCGAUGUUAAAGUUAUCAACUUUACUGGAUUAUUAGAUCAUAACAUACUGUGUUCAUCAUGAAUUCCACAUGUCUUUGUGAUCAAUUGUGGACAUCUACUACUUAAGUGCAGGGAAAGCUGCAUUUGGGACCAAAUUAAUACCUGAAGCAAUCGUAAUACUAAUACGGAUACUUGGAACAUUGAAUUAUAGGCUUAGUAGUAGUCAACAUAAAGGAAGAUGUUGAGCAAACUUCAGUCUUAUAUGAAUGUUGUGACUGCGAUACUGUUGGCAUUAGCUCUGAUUGACCAGAAUGUUAUAGGACAAACUGACAUUGACCCAGUAGGUCCAGGUGUCUGUAAUAAUUUGGUCAGUCGGAUGGACACAGUUGUUACAUCAACAAUGCAGAGCAGAAUAGUUCCAUAUAACGGAGACUGUUCAUGGCUCCACCAUAAUGCAGGAUGUGUAGUGUACAAAGUAACAUUUCAACCAGUAUACAGGAUAACUACGAAGUUGAUUUACGAUACGGAAUUUAAAUGCUGUCAUGGUUGGAGGAGAGUUGGUCAGAAGUGUGAAAGAGUUCACAUAAGCGUGUCAGAACCUCCGCAAGGCCCGCUCGGACCCGAAGUGCCCAGAUAUCCAUUUCAGCCUGGCCUAGGUGGAAGAGGACAAAGGAAAAGUCCUGGAAUAGGCCAGAGAGGAUUUGGACCUGGUGCAUUCAAACCAAGGCCCGGAUUUGGUCCACCAAAGGCAACCCCAUCGGAAAGCCCAGGUAAUGGGCGUGGACCAGGCGGGGGACCACAAUUCAAUCCAAGGCCUGGAUUUAGACCAGGAACUGAUGGAGGGUUUGGGCCAAGAACAGAAACAGGAGUUGGCGGUGGUGGACCUAGUGUUGGAACAGAUCCUGGAUAUGGAUUUCGUGUUACACAGAUUCCUGAAUACCCUGGUGGACCACAUUAUCCUCAAGGUCCUCAAGGUCCUCAGUAUGGAGGGCCACCAUUGACACCAAAUCCCCCUGGAUCUCGCGGUCAUAAUGGGGUUAAUGCUGGCAGGGGGCAACCAAAUAAUGCAGGUCCAGGAAAUGGCGUUAAACCAGGUGUAAAUCCGGGUAGAUUCCCAGAUCGAGCAAAAGGGCAAGGACCUGCAGAAGAAGAUAAAAAUGGAAGUGGACAUUUGAACACGAAGACAUCAGGUGGAAGUACUAGCGUUGUAACCAUUAUGGGUGCUCUACUUGGUGUCUUUGGAAUAUUUGGAGCCGGUGCUAUAUUAAUGAUGUACCUUAGUAGGAGACGAGAUUCAUCAGGACGAGGGAGUGUUCGACUCAGAAGGUCCUCAUUGAGAGACGCGGCAGGACGUGAUUCAGCUGAGGCGCACAAAUCAUGGAAAUUCUCGAUUUAUCAGUUCCGUCUGCAAUGAUGUAUAUUCAGUCGGUUGGAUUUAGUUGAGUCAAUAAAGUUAUAAUAGUUCCCUUCCUUUAAGUUCAUAAUAUAUUGUAGAAAUGUGUUCUGUUCAAAUAGAAUUAUACCGCAGAGACGGAUGUGUAGGGAUGAAGUCCCGGGCCUUCACAAAAGUAUCUUCUAUACGGGGUGUCUCUAAGAAAUGAAAUUAGUAAUUAGCUAUCCUCAAUGAAAUCGCAGGUAAUUCAUUUAUAAUGCUGAAAUAGCAUCUCUUAAACUAUGUGUGAAUUCUGACACAAGGAUCUAACUCAAAUUACAAAGAUUUGAAUGUUUUAGUUACACAUGCCAUUUUUCAAAUCUAUUCUCAGAGGAUUUAUGAACAUUGCUUAACAUGUCCUUUAUCUUUUUCUACAUAAUUCAAUUUGAUUUUAAUUGACCGUUAUAUCUCCAUAAAACAGACACUAAAGACAUUAAUUUGUCGUAAUUUUUGGUUUAAAAUAGUUAUAUUGACAUUCAUCUUGAUUGUAAAUACCCCUCAGGUAAUAAGAAUUGGAGUUAAUUUGAGGUAAUAAACAUUUUGUUGUUUUAGCGUAGAUCCUUGUACCAUUCAAUUAAAUAUUAGAACGUACUAAAAUAUUUCUUACGAAAUUUCAUUGAAAAUGGUCAAUCAGUUUUCAAGAUGCUAAUCAAACUCUCUUUCCAUUUCAUGGGACACGUACCCCGUAUAGAAAUCUAACAGUCGCGAGCGAAACGACUGUGCAAUAUUUUUGACAAUUUUUAGUAUAGUGAAAUUAGAAAGAUUACAGGACCCGGCACCCCGCUGCCCGAAUAUGAGGGUACUCGGGAUAUUCUCGCUUCCCAAAUAAUCAUUUGAGCACCUCGCUGCCAGAAUUUGAGGUAGUGGUUGCCCGAAGAUCGGUAAUUUUAAAGUCCUCGCCUCCUACGUAUUAAUAAUACAUUAUGAUAUUCAGGCGCGUACGCAGGAUUUUUUCAA